GUUGUGUCUCCUCCGUACACGAUAUAUAUGGGAAAGGACAAAUAUGAAAAUGAAGAUCUUAUAAAGUAUGGCUGGCCAGAAGAUAUAUGGUUUCACGUAGAUAAACUCUCUUCUGCACAUGUUUACCUUCGACUACAAAAGGAUCAGACGAUAGAUGACAUUCCUAAAGAAGUUCUGACAGACUGUGCACAGUUAGUAAAAGCUAACAGCAUUCAAGGCUGCAAGAUGAACAACAUCAAUGUUGUGUACACUCCGUGGACUAAUUUAAAGAAAACGUCAGACAUGGAUGUCGGCCAGAUCGGCUUUCAACGGCAGAAAGACGUGAAAACUGUGACUGUAGAGAAGAAAGUGAACGAGAUUCUAAAUCGCCUGGAAAAGACAAAAGAUGAACGUUCCCCAGACCUGGCAGCAGAGAAGGAGUCACGAGAUCGGGAGGAGAGGAAUGAGAAAAAGGCUCAGAUCCAGGAGAUGAAGAAGAAAGAGAAGGAAGAGGUGAAGAAGAAGAAAGAGAUGGAGGAACUAAGGAAUUACUCAUCAUUGAUGAAGACAGAAAACAUGUCUUCCAAUCAGGAUGGCAAUGACUCCGACGAGUUCAUGUAG